AUGCCAAUCCCAUUAUCAUUUGAUGAUUCAAAAUCUCCGGAUAGAAGAAGUCAGGUCCCAGAUAUGCCAGUUGCAUCAGUUGACCAAGAUGCCUAUCAGGAUAAUUUGAGAGGCGAGCAGUCAUCCAUGGAACUGGAUAACAACAUUUCAAGUCCACCAUCGUUAGUCGCGCAGUCCAGAGAAGAGAUUGCGCUGAAGCUAUCGUCUCUAAAGUCGCAACCGCUAGUCUCAGAAAAGAAGAAUUCACUUAAAGCCUUCCUCUUCAAGGCCAUGAAGGCGAAAUCUGAAUCCGUAACUGGUGAUGUUGACGCGGUGUUACCUUCUUUCCAAGAUAGUGAUUUCCCACUGGAGCACAUUCUAAAACUCAUCACCAUCAGUAAAAUUUCUACUUGUGCAAAGAAAGAUAAAAUCGGCGCAGAAAUUGCACAAGUUAGAUGUGACUUUGAGUUACACAACUUGGUCGAGGAAGCAGGAAUGGCGGUUGAUCCGACUGUGAAUCUCAAGAAAGGGCAUCCUGUUGAUAUUCGAAAAGCUAUGUACUACGAGAAAUUGGCUAAGAUGAACUUCUCGAGGGCGGGAGGAAACCUGGCCACUUGCACUGAGAAAAAUCUGAAACCAUUUCUCGAUGAUUGCCGCAAGCAAAAGAGAGUUGGCGGUAAGAUUUCUCAAUUGAUAGAUUCCUUUGGUAAAGGAUUUUUGUUCCUCUAUCCAUUCUUUAUGCCCGAACUCCAAAAGGGAGGAGAAAACAGGACCGGAUUCAAGAAGUGGUCAGUUGCUCGCCUUAAUGUGCUAUGUACUUUGAUACACUCAUCACAAAGCGCUUUUGCAAAGAAUUUGAAAAUCUUAGCCAAAGCAUUUGAGCCUUUCCUUGUCGAGUUAUCUAAUGAUCUCGAAAUUGAAGCCUUGUUGAAGGAAUUAGAUAGCCAAGAUCUACACCCAGAAGGGUUUGAAGAUUCCCGGGACCAGCAACACAGCGGUGAUAGUGAUAAUAUGGAAGAACUUUUUCAGGAAUUCCCUGGAACUUCAUCUGUUUUCUUUGCGGGCAAGUCGUCGAAUCCGGGAUUGACCAUUCUAUUGGAAGAUCUACAGAGAUUUGCCGAAGGAAGCUGGCUUUCAGAUACUGUUGUAGAUGCAGUCAUGCAUUUAUAUCGUGAGAAAAAGCCAAAGGAUUUGUACUUGUUGAGGUCAUCCAACCUCGAGACUUUCAAUAACAAGCCAAAGGAGGAUCAAGAAGGUCUUUGUAAGAUGUACAUUGAUUCUAUCAAAGGCCCGGGUCUGUACUUCAACCAGGUACUUUGCGUCAAGGCCUUUGCAAGUCACUGGACUACUCAACUUGCACAGAUUACCACAUCAGCUGGACUCGAAGCGACUGUCCUGAUCACCAUUAAAUUAUGGGACAGCCUCGAAAAUGGCCACACUCCCACUUUGGAUUCCAAAGAUGGUUGA